UCUCACAAAUCAAAUCAUUUGUAUGUGAUUUGUGGAUUCUCUACAGUCUCCUGCUCCUAACCAUAGAGCACAGCUUCAUAGAGUUUGUUUGUUCUGGGCUGCUAACCUCUAAAAUUAACAAUAAAUAUACAAUUAUGUCCUUAAAACGUAAAUGUGUAGCUUUGGCUCUUGCGUUUUUGAAUGAUGACGAUGUUUUUGAAGAAUUUAAUUCAUCUGAUGAUGAAACGGAAUAUACAAAUUCAAUUAUUAGCCAGUGUCGUAAUUUAAUCCAAGAGCAUAAGAAAAUGUGCAUCUCAAACAUCAACCCCGAACAUUCGAGAAUCUCGAUCACAGAGCAAUACUCUGAUGAAGAAAUAAUACGCAAUUUCAGACUGAGCCGUAGUAAGAUAAAUUAUCUUGUAGAUACUUUUUCUGAUAGCACUCUCUUCAAGGAUCUCUAUAGAAAUAAUUCUCGUGGAAAUAUUACACCAGAAAAACACAUAUUAACAUUUUUAUGGUUUGCUGGGCACCAUACAGCUUCAUAUCGAGAUGUAGCUGACAAAUUUAAUUUGUCUCUCAGUUCAUUACAUGAUGUAAUAACAAGGAUAAUGAUGUUCUUAAGUAAUGUGCUGGCUCUAAAUGUCAUUAAACUUCCAAGUUCGGAACAAAAACAAACUACAAUGAAUUUUUAUCAUGAAAAGAAUAAACUGCCCAAUGUCAUCGGUUGCAUUGAUGCCACUCAUAUAAAAAUUGAUAAACAAAAUGAACCGUCCGUUAAUUACUCCAACAGCCAACAAUAUUUCUCGCAUAUUUUACAGGCCGUAUGUAAUGAAGAGUUAAAUUUUUUAGAUAUUUAUGUAGGAUGUCCAGGGUCUGUUCACGAUGCAAAUGUUUUUAAAAGCUCAGCUUUAGACAUUGAUUUAGAGACAAUUUGCGAUGAUGGUGGAUAUCUAUUAGGUGACGAGGCUUAUCCAAAUUUACCAACAUUGCUGACACCUUACCAAGACCAUGGUAAUUUGACUUCAAGUCAAAUCUACUUUAAUUUGGUUCACAAUUCGUGCCGAUCAGAUAUUGACCAUGCAUUUCAACUAUUAAAGAAACGUUUCAAACAAUUGUAUCAUUUAAAAUUACGUGGGGACGAGCGCAUUUGUCACUUUAUAAGAGCAUGCUGCACUUUACAUAAUCUUGCAGAUAAGUCUGAUGAAACUAUAUUUGCUCAAGAAGAUGAUAUUGAAGACAAUCAACCGGAUUCUUUACAAAAUGAGGAUCCUCCAAAUAUUCGAGGAAACACAAUCAGAGAUGAAAUAUGUGUACAAUUAUUUCAACAUAACAAAUAAUUUAAAUGUAUAUUAUUUUAUAUUUAAAAUAUUAUAACACGUUAUGUUUAUACACUUACACAAACAAUUGAUCAUUUGAUGCCACAUAAGGGACACCAUUCUGUGGGCCCUUUCAACAGAAAGAUGCAAGCCUUCUAGGAGUUGUUGGUGCGACGAUGCCGAUUUUAUAGAUUACAAAUUCUUAAAAUGAUAUUCUGAUUACAUUUGGGAUCGUUAGUGACCAUAAGAGCCUGUAGCCAAGAGUAUGAAAUAAAGAUAGAGAUGCAUUGAUGUUUA